AUGGAAGAUGUUACUUGUUUCUUCUGUGGAAGGAAGGGCCAUUAUGCAUCGUCAUGUCCAAACAAGCCAAUCCCUGCGACCCCUCUCGCGAUCCGAGCUCCCCCUAGCCGUCCAGCUAUUGAGCCAGCACCAAAGAAACAAAACCUAGGAGGUAGAGUUUAUGCCUUAGGGGUAGAAAACCCAGACAAUGCAGGACCGUCAAGCGGUCCCAUCACAGGAACCAUACAUGUUGCUGGUAAACCCACACAUGUAUUGUUCGACUCGGGGGCAACACAUAGUUUUGUGACCCCUGAAGUAGCUGCCCGGUUUUGGGAUUGUUUUGUGGUUGACAGGAUAAACGUGGCCGUCUUGACCCCCGCAGACCGAACCCUUCAAGCAGAUCAGUGUAUCAAGAAUGUUCCAUUGGUCAUUCAAGGCAAAGAGUUUGUGGCAGAUUUGUUAGUCGUGCCUUUGAAAGGGUACGAAGUAAUCCUUGGAAUGGAUUGGUUAUCGAGCUACAGAGUUCAGAUCGACUGUGGAAAGGGAAGGUUGUUGUUUGGCAGAGCUUUGCCCGAGCAAGGUAAACCUUACACGGUUUACACGGAUGCUUCACGAGUUGGGUUAGGUUGUGUUCUUAUGCAAGAUGGACGAGUCAUUGCAUAUGCUUCACAACAACUACGAAAGCAUGACGAUAACUACAGUACACAUGACUUGGAGUUAGCUGCCGUGGUGUCCGCUUUGCGAAUUUGGAGAUCGUACUUGUAUGGAGAAGAAGUGGAGGUAUACACGGACCACCAAAGUCUUAAAUACCUCUUCACUCAGCCAGAUCUCAACCUGCGCCAGCGUAGGUGGAUGGAGUUUGUGGCAGACUACGAUAUAAGGAUUCGCUGCCAUCUUGGUAAAGCGAAUGUUGUUGCGGACGCCUUAAGUCGAAGAAAGUUGGACGCAGUUUUAGAGAACGAAGUGGAGCUAUUGAACCAAGAGUUGAAACAAGUGAAGUUGGUCGUUUUGGAAGGGCAAGCGAGCGAACCAUUGGGACUUCAAGCGGUGAGUCAGGCCAGCUUGAUUCAGAGAAUUCAAGAAGAACAAAUUAAGGAUGGGAAGCUACUGAAGAUUGCUGAAGAACUCAAAGGACAAGCCAGGCCAAAUAAUGAUGGAUACUACUUGGCGGAGGAUGGAACCUUGCUAAUUAAUGGGAGGAUCACGCUUGUCCAAGCUAACACAACAUCAGAUUGGGGUACGGGUUGA